AGCCCCCUAUCUUUAUUUGUUUUCCACGAAAAUAAGGGAGGGGAGGUAGGGGGCUUAUUUUCAAAUAAUGAAUUUUUAAUGUUUUUGGAGCUUUUGGGAUUUGUCUUUAUACUAAAGAAAAACCAGUGUGCUCUACUUCUGAAAGAAGGGAAGUGGCUUAGAGAGGUGGGACUUAUUUUUAAAUACCCCUCCUCCCACCCUGUAUUGGGGUGGCUGUGGAAGGCAUUCGACAGGUGCCUUUUUACGGGUGAUCGGAUUACGCUAUGCUACGAACACUUUACCAAUUUCAGGAGCGAUCAGGUUACCACUUUUUCUUCAAGAAACCCAUUAAGUGAUACAUUGGUUGAUUGAUAGGAUCAGCUAACUGUGCUUCUGUUGCUAUGGUUAAGCAUCCGUCUAUGAGGAACCUUCAUCAAUCACCACGAAUAUGUAAAUAGUAAGACCAUAAGGCAAAAACCAGCUUACGAAACUGCGUUGCCCCCAAGCGAAGCGUGUUGCCGAGAUGGGUUUAUUAACCUGGUUCUUCGUGCUGCUUUGCGUGGGCGGAUUUAUUCACGAGGCCUAUCCAGCAACAAACACUGUCCUCUACACUGUCAAGGUGGUCACGGCCGAUGAGAUAUUCGCUGGGACAGAUAGUCACGUGUUUCUGAGGAUCUACGGUGACCUCGGUGACACUGGAGAAAUAGAGCUCAACAGCGACGGUAACGACUUCGAGAAAGGAGCUACAGAUGAGUUCAGGUUUGUGGGUAAAUACGUAGGAAGCUCUAUCCGAAAAGUGGCUGUCAAAAGAAGUGAUAGCAUGUUUGGCAACUGGAAACUCGAGGAGAUUUCAGUCAAAGGGACAAGUCCGUUGUUUUUUAAGUUCCAUUUCAAUCAGUGGAUACCCGCUGAUCGCUGGAUUGAAAGUUAUGGUUGAAGUGAUUUAGCAAAUCAUGCUCAUAGAGAAGAAGCACAGGAAGAAAAACGCAAAGAAAAUCCUUUUAUUUAAAAAAUUUAGCAAAAAUUCAGCCUAUCAUUACUGCCAUGAAGUAUAACAAAGUUAUAAAAUUGAGCUGUUGUAAUGUCUGAAAAAUGAUAACAAUUAAAUAUCAAGUUUCACUUG